AUGGUAUUUCUCCACGGCCCGAUCCCGGCUGACCGGCAACUGAGCAUGGCUAAAUCUGUAAAUUCACCGGACCCAUCUCCCAAAUCGAAGCAGAUCAACCAGCUUCACAAGAACAGAAGGAUUUCUAGUCCCGAUUGCGACCAGUCCCCGUACGCUAUAAUCGAUGUAAUAAUCCUGAUUGCUGUGAUUUCAGCUUCUUGUUUCUUGUUCUAUCCUUAUGCCAUGAUAUUAGCCCGUAAAUGCCUUGAAAUUGGUGGGGAAGUUGUUGAAGUUGUUAUUGAGGAGAUCACUCGUGCUCCUAUGGUUUUUGCCUGUUUAGGGCUAAGCAUAUUUUUCGCCUCGAUGGCACUUGUGGUGAUUGCCGUUUAUACGGACAGUAGGUGUGGAAAACCGGGCUGUCGUGGGCUCCGCAAAGCUCCCGAGUUCGAUAUUCAGCUGGAGACCGAGGAGAAUUCGAAGAGAUCAUUGGAGAAAAACGGGUUUCUCAAGGGAUUGCACGAAGUGCACCAUAAGGAACUUGAGGCAGAGCUCAAGAAGAUGGCGCCUCCCAACGGGAAGGCAAUUCUGGUAUUCCGAGCAAGGUGUGGAUGUUCGGUUGGCUGGAUGGAGGUUUCCGGGCCUAGGAAGAAUCGAAAGGUUAAGAAGUAG